GCGUUACGCUUCCAUGUUUCAUUUAUGCUCCAGUAUUCUAUCUGCUUCCCUCGCCGUUGUCCUUGUAGUUUGCUGUUUCAAACAUCGAAUGAAAUUUGAAGUCACUUUUGCUAUUUUUAUUUCUCGUAUCAUUUCUCUGGAUUGUUUUCCCUCUCUGGCAGUUGUUCUCUAGUUUAGCAAUCGGGCUAUUGUUUGUCUGCUUUUCGUAUCUAUAUUGAUUUUCCUAACAUUUAUGGGUUUAUGGCAGGAAGUUGGCAACCAACUGUGCCCUCAUGGGAAAAAAUGUUCUGCAAAUUGGGUGGUUUGCCUCAAUGGGAAAAGAUUGUGGAAACCAAGAAAUUUAUGCACCUUUUUGAGAAUGUGGUAAAGUGGAAUGACUCUGCAGGAGAGGAGGCAUUCAACAAUGCUAAGAGCCGGUUCUUUGCAAGGACACAUGGUCUGCCCUGUGACAUAUCAUUGCCUGAUCCUGAUAUAUACAUUGAUGAAAUAGACUGGGAUUCCAAAAUUGAUCCUGAGCUGCUGUUGGACUUGGAACGUGAACCUGUGAUUCCUGAUGCAGAUGAAAAAGAUGAGCAUGUUGUCAUUUUUGGUAGUUCACUCCUCGCAAAUCAAGGAUUCUCAACUACUGGUUGGGGGGAAGUUGAAGAGGAGUUAAAAAGAGCUAACAAGUCUUCUUUGUGUAACAAUGACAAUCCAUGGGAAGGUAAUUGCAGUCAGAAUAAUACACCUGUGAAAGUGAAUGGAUGGGGAGAUGGUUGGGAUAAUUCUUGGGGAUGGAACCAGCAUGAAAAUAAUAACUACGAAUCCAAAGUUGUGAAUGAUACAAAUACAUGGGAUGUCAAUAAUUGGAAGAGUGGGAAUACUGAUAGGUAUAUGUCGAGGUACAAAACAUCAAGGUUUCACAGCAAUGACUAUCAGGGGAUAAAUGUGUGGAGGAAUGGAAAGGGGAGGGAAAGGAGAAAUCUUUUUGGGGAGCAGCCAACUGCAGAUAAAAGAUCAUCCUCGAGGCAAUGGGACUUAAAUAAUUCUGGUCUUGUUAGUCACCAUGAGUUGGGUGAAGGUGGACAGGCAUGGACUUAGGAGAAACCAGUUUCUUGAAUGUGAAGUAAAUAAAUAAUGUUUAUUUCAUUCUAUUAAUUAUCUCAGGCAUCGGAAAGAAGGGUGAAUUAUCCCCCAGCAGAGUUGCCAAUUUUGUUUUUUGUUUUUU